CGAAACUCGAACCUCUUCCUCUCUUUCCACAUCUUUAGAUCUUGCUACUAUUCAUACUUCACCUUGCUGGUAUAAGUCAAGUCAAGACCUCAAUCAUCCCAGCUGCAUUUAUUCAGUCCUGCUUGACGUGUUUGGUCCAAUAACAGGGCGUCUCUUGGCGGAUCCCCUCAUCUCCUCGCCCAUCAUGAUGCACCCAUCGCGACAGGCGUACGUGGAGGAGGCGCAGGACACGGACAUGGGUAUUGACUUGGCGAAUAUACCCGUGGACCGAAACUAUGACCUCCCCUCGGGGGCGGCGGGUAUUCCGGCGGAAAGAGCCUCUGCUAUCAUAUCCCAGUUCGAGCGCAAGAGGAGGGCCGCAGCAAUGGCAGUACCUACUGAUGACACCCGAGUGCGCGCACGACUGCGAGAGUUAGGCGAGCCAAUCACACUAUUUGGUGAAGGUCCCGCGGAUCGCAGAGACCGCUUGCGCGAGCUGUUGACCGACCUUGCGGAACGACAGGAGGCAGCUGAGGGCGAUGUGGAAAUGCGCGAGGGAACAACUGAACUCGGUGAGGAGGAUGAGGAGGAUGCUGAGCAACAGGAGGAGUUUUACACCGAGGGUUCCGAAGAGCUCCUCAAGGCGCGGAAAGAGAUCGCGCGGUUCUCUCUUCCGCGCGCGAAGGCCCGUGUCGCCCGGCUGCGUGAAGAGUCAACCAUUCCCCUACGAACCCAUAUCAAACAUCGCAAAGCAAUCAAGGAGAAAUUGCAUCAGUUUGACCUCUAUGGUUCUCAGAUUGCGGGCGAUCGGCCCGUCAGCAUUUGUCGCUUUUCGCCUGAUGGGCAGAUGAUUGCCACCGGUAAUUGGGGAGGAGGUAUCAAAUUGCUCACAGUACCCAACCUGGAAGAACGAUGGUCCGUCAAGGGACAUGCAGAUCGGGUGGGUGGAUUGUCGUGGUUUCCUGGUGCAACGUCUACCGCGUCGGAAUCGACAGUGAACCUGGUCUCGGGUGGUGGUGAUGGUAACGUGUCUUUGUGGUCACUGGACAAGCAGCAGCCACUGGCGACCCUAUCCGGUCACAGUGGUCGCGUCUGCCGGACAGAGUUUCAUCCAUCGGGCCGGUAUGUCGCUUCCGCCUCCUACGAUACUACUUGGCGAUUGUGGGACGUGGAGACGACCACAGAGUUGUUAUUGCAAGAAGGCCAUUCGCGUGAAGUAUACGCAGUGGCCUUCAACAACGAUGGCUCGCUCCUGGCGAGCGGAGGGUUGGAUAGCAUUGGCCGGAUCUGGGAUCUACGAACCGGCAGGACUGUGAUGAUUCUGGAAGGACACAUCCGGGAAAUCUACGGUCUCGACUGGGGGGUCGAUGGCUACCGGGUGCUGUCCGGAUCUGGAGAUGGAUGGGUCAAGUGCUGGGAUUUGCGGCAAGUGCGCAAUACUGGAGGAAUCGGUGCUCACAAGAGCGUCGUGUCUGACUUGCGAUGGUACAAGGGUGCCGAAGCCACGUCCAUUCUACCUUCGGAAGGCCGUAUGGAGGUGGACGGCGAGACCACGGCCCCUGUACAGCCGAAGAAGUCGGGGACAUUCUUUGUGAGUAGCGGCUUCGAUAAGAACGUCAACAUCUUCAGCGCAGACGACUGGUCAUUGGUGAAGAGUCUCAGUGGACAUUCGGGCAACGUGCUCAGCACAGAUAUCAGUGCGGAUGCGCAGUGGAUUGCCAGCUGUGGCCACGACCGGACGGUGAAGCUCUGGGGGAUUGAAUGAGCCUGCUUGUAUGUACUAGAUAUGACCACAUAACCUCUAAUUACGACAGCGAUGUAUGAUGGCAAUAGAAAGAGUACUACUGUUGGU